ACUGUACUCCAGGAUGUCCUAUAGAGGGCAGACUAGUGACAGACCAAGUACAACAUCCUUCUCUUCUCUAAUCACCACCGGCAGUAUACAAGACUCUACAGUACUGCAAUCCAGGAUGUCCAGUAGAGGGCAGACUAGUGACAGACCAAGUGCAACAUCUUCCUCUUCUCCCAUAACCACCACUGACAGUAGACAAGACAACACUACAGGACUGUACUCCAGGAUGUCCAAUAGAGGGCAGACUAGUGACAGACCAAGUACAACAUCCUUCUCUUCUCUAAUCACCACCGGCAGUAUACAAGACAACACUACAGGACUGUACUCCAGGAUGUCCAAUAGAGGGCAGACUAGUGACAGACCAAGUACAACAUCCUUCUCUUCUCUAAUCACCACCAGCAGUAUACAAGACACUACAGUACUGCAAUCCAGGAUGUCCAGUAGAGGGCAGACUAGUGACAGACCAAGUGCAACAUCUUCCUCUUCUCUAAUUACCACCACCGACAGUAGACAAGACAACACUAAAGAACUGCACUCCAGGACGUCCAGUAGAAGGCAGAAUAGUGACAGACCAACGACAUCUUCCUCUUCUCCUAUUACCACCACCAACAGUAGACAAGACAAAACUACAGGACUGCACUCCAGAAUGUUCAGUAGAGGGCACUCUAGUGACAGACCAAGUGCAACAUCUUCCUCUUCUCCUCUAACCACCAUUAACAGUAGACAAGGAAGUGAUCUGUCUGAAAACAUCACUUCACACAACUAUGGAUCCACUACUGUUCAUAAUCACAUGGUAUCCGGUAUAUACCAAGAGAGGUCACAGGUGACAAAAUGGGCAGAAAUCUUUACAACACCGAACCAAUACACGCCAGAUAAAAAGCGUCAUCAAAGCCAGAAUGCCAGCCCUAAAAACCUGCUGCUCAUUGUGGUCCCUGUCCUGCUGACCAUCUGCAUCAUUCUCUUUAUAGCACUGGUGCUUAUAGUAAUGCAUAGUCGUAAGGAAAGAGAAACCAAUAUGCCAGUCAUUAAUGAAGAAAAUGUAGCAAUGAUAGAUGGAGGAUCAGCAAGAGUGGGAAAUAUAGAGGAAAAUGAGAGCACAAGAACUAGGGUGGCAAAUCUUGAUGACUCUUUUGGAGAAACAGAUGUCUGAUUUUGAAAUCUCAAGAACCAAAAAGAUUACAAUCAUUUAAUGCUUAUUCACAAACGUAUCCUACUAUCAAAACAUUUGGGACCACCCAAUGGAUUUAUUUGUUAGUAUAAGUUGUGCAGUAUAAUGAUAUAUACUGAUUGUUGCAAAUAAACUUUGGCAGUGGUUGGUAGUGAAGCAAAGAAAGAAAAAAAAAAGGAAGUAACGGUGCACCUGGGCAAAACCAUGUUGCUCUGUGGGUGGGGCAGAUGUAAAUAUUAGAUUUGGGUGAGGUGUGUCCAAACUGAAAUCUUAAUUACAGUGUACUGUAAAAAUAAAGCUGUCUAACAGCUUUAUAAAUGUAUUUGCCUGCCUUGAAUUGCAACAUAGUUUGAUCCAGAUACAAAAGUACUUCUUU